CAUUGAACAUGUGUUUUUCUUUUUGCAGGAAACUGGAAGACAGACAAACAUGUCCAUCACAAGUUACAGAGAAUGGCAGGAGGAUUAUCUUCAACUUUGCAUAUGCCAACACCUCAAAGAUGGUCAUUGUGAAUAUUCUCAUUCUACUUCGUUGGUAUAAUGCUUCCCACAUCAUAGGUAUGGCAAAUCUUAAGCUCAGUGAAAGAGAGGGUGGUGCCAGUGUAUAGGACUUAGAGUAUUUUGUGGCUGCAUAACAGAAAAUAAAAAGUGUUUCAGCUUGUGUGGUAAAAGGUGUAAAGUAGCCUUAUAUUGAAGCAGAAUCCAGAUCUGUGACCGAGAACUAGUGUGGAAAUGAAGUGGUGAGGGUGGCAGGUGAGAGGAGCAGGCAUGAGGUCAGGUGUGCCCUGACCCGUGCCUCCAGAGCCGUGCCCCCCGAGCCAGCCAUGGGCCAGGGGCCAGCUACCAUCACCACCAGCAUCAGGUUCACCAGCAGCAAGUGUCGCACUGGGCCAUGGAUUCUUCUGAUCUCACACACAGCCCCCAUCAGGUGCGCCAGCGUGUUCAGUACCAACAGCAACAACGAGAAAUGCGAGAACUCCAGCUAGACAGGGAACACCAGGAGAGGCAUCAGCAGCCACAGGAAGUAGCCAGCCUCACUGGUGGCUGUUGUGGUUCUGGCUCAUCGUGCAGCUGUGGUGGGGGUUUGUCAUCAACAGCUGCCAUUUAUGGUACAGCAUCUGCCCCUGAUCCCACUUCUCAUACAGUAGUGGUGACUCCUCCUCGCAGCCUCCCCCACCACCACCACCACUACCACCAGCAGAGACCAGACUCUCCCAUCACCACCAGUGCCACUGCCACAAGUAGUGGUAGAUGUAGUGGCACAAGUGGAACUUGUAGUAACAGUAGUGGGUGUGGUCACUGGUGCUCAUCAUGCAGGGUGCGUGUCCAGCUGGAAGUGGAGUGUGUGGGAGGGAUGGAGGCUCGGCCCUCUCCUUCACGUGGAGGUCGACUACGUACCUUAGCCUUCCCGAAGAGGCAUCGUCACAAGACAAAAACACCAACCAGGGAUAUCCCACCACAGCCCAAGAAGAAGAAGACUCCCUGGACAUUCAGAUUAAACUGCAGGCUACGACCCUCAAAGUCUGAGCCAGAACCAGAGACAACCUCCACUGUAGGCUGUGGUGCGUGCAUGUGUCCAAGCUUAAGGAGGCCAGAACCUGAUCUCCAUGCUCAUCACCACCACCACCACUCCCUGCAUGGACACCCUACCAGUCAAGAUGUGCCCACAGUCUCCAGUGUAGGAGUAAGCAUGGCAGCAAGUCCUGGCGGUGCUGUAGCUCUGAGGGCUCCUGUCAUUGAUCUAUCUAGGUUUAACCCAGAAGCUUAUCCAAUUGAAGACUGGGAGGAACAUGCACGGCAGGAGAGAGCACGGGAGAUGGCAGAAGGUGUGGAACCACCUCCAGGAUUUGCUUCAGGGUCCCUCAGCCUUCCUCAGACACAUCACAGCUUCACACCUGCACAUCAUGCUCUCACACAUCUGCAGUUGCAACAUCAGCACCAACUGCAGCUACAGCAAGCAGGUGCAGCAGUGACCUCUCUACCUUUAGCCUAUAAUUCCAUGCUUGACCUGCAGUUACUUUUGGAGCGGUCUCUUCGUUUGGGUCUGGCAGGGCCACGUUCUGUUGCUACCUCACUCACAGAGGAAACAUUCUUGCAACAAGUUGGUCGUCUUGCUGGGGAUGGCUCACUCUUGCAACGUACUGUACAUACACAAGUGGAUUACAUUCAUUGUCUUGUACCUGAUCUUCUCAGUAUAACUAAUUGUGUAUUCUAUUGGGGCAAGAUGGAUCGGUAUGAAGCAGAGCGUCUCCUUGACAACCGUCCGGAGGGAACUUUCCUUCUCCGGGACUCUGCACAAGAAGAAUACCUCUUUUCUGUUUCUUUCAGGAGAUAUGGCCGAUCCCUCCAUGCAAGAAUUGAACAGUGGAACCAUAAGUUUAGCUUUGAUUCACACGAUCCUGGUGUGUUUGCUUCUGAUACUGUAUGUGGCUUGAUAGAGCAUUACAAGGACCCAUCUUGCUGCAUGUUUUUUGAACCCAUGCUAACUAAUCCACUUGCUCGUACGUUCCCAUUCCCAUUACAGCACUUGUGUCGUGCUGUUAUUUGCUCCACCACCACUUACGACGGCAUCAAUAACCUCCGUUUACCCAAGCCACUGAACAACUACCUCAAAGAGUAUCACUACAAGCAGCGGGUUAGAGUGCGGCGCCUCGACCACUAGUGACACAUUGUGAACUGAUUUGAGAGUGCUGCUAAAUGUGCAAGAUACUGUGGGCUAUAGUGGUGCAUACUAGUUGAAUCCCACACAACACUGAAUGGGGCACAAACCACUUCAAACUACUAAACCAUGAAAGCCACAACUGGCUAUGUUCAUACAAAUGUAAGAUAAUAAGUGCUGGUGUGGUCACAAGUUUCUGAUUAAUUAUGGGGCAGCCAGUGAGGCUGUCUGGGGAUUAACUUCCAGGGAGGUGGGGUUGUGCCCUCAGUUAAUGAUUUACAUAUUCUCUUCCUAUGUGGGUCAUUGCUCAUCUUCAUAUGGUAGUAGCCAUUUAGUAAUUCAGGCAUCGGGCUUCUUCCCAGCUGUGGCGGUGCUGGGGAACACCCCCCUCCCAUUUCUAGCCCCCAUUCUCCGACCUUCCCUACACACACCCAGUGUUUCCAGAACAUCAUUAUACUGUUAGUAAAUAAGUGUGUUUAUAUUCAACUGCCCAUGGAAUGCCUAGAUACGCUUAAAACUUCGUACUAUGUAUACACACUCAUAGCCCUUCCCUUCCCCUUUUAGAGAGUGAAUGUGAGUUUUAUGGAGGUAAGUGCUUGAGAGAGAGAGAGAGGAGAGAAGAGAGAGCACAGUGUUGGUUGAUGAUCAAUGGUGCUAGCUAGCACCUUGGCUUGACAAGUUUCUGCCUUCAAAAUUACCAUUAUUUCAGUCUGUCUUCUGUGAGUUAUUGCUUGUUGGCAAUUGAUGGAAAAAAUACUGAGUAUGGUAUUGUACAGUAUUGCAUUGUUUGUGGCAUAAAAUGAACUUUAGGUCUUUGUAAAGAAUUUUGAAUCUAGAGAAGAAUGUAGAUUGUGACCAGAUUUUGGGAGUAUCUUACAGAGAGAGAUUUAGAAGUUAAUAAAAAAAAAUUGCUGGAUCGUAUAAAUUGUAAGAAAUUUGACACACUGCCUAACUGUAAAAAGCUUGGAAAAUGUAUUUGAGAAAUUAUGAAAAAAAAGCUAUUUCCUAUGUAUAUUAGACCAAAAUUUAUGUAUGCAGCUGCUGUAUAAUGUCCACAGGUGGAUCAGAUAUAAAGUCAUUAAAAACUAUAAAUUGUAUCCCAGAGCUAAAGAAAAAUUAAUGGACGGUUAAAACACUGACAGUGGCUGAUAACAGGAAAAGAAGAGAUACAACAACAAAAACAACGUAUUAAGUUAUAUAAGGUUUUGAAAGAAUAGAGAAUGAAGGUUAAGAAAGUGAAGCUAGAGAGACUGGGAAAUUUCUUUACAAAUAGAGCGUUAUAAAAGUAAAUGUUGUGGCAAUACUGAUAAUAUGGGGAAAAGACACUUUGUGCACUGUACGGUUCAGUACAUUUAUUAAAGACAACGUUUCACAAGUGGCUUCUUCAAUCCUAAUACUGAGACAAGUAUUUAUAGUGGCAAGAGUCAGGUGCCAACCUGUGAGAGGGUGGUGGUAGUAGUACAGCUGUGGUGAGAUGGGUUGGGCUUGAGAAGCCCUUAUUAGCAUCACCUUACAGCAGUCUUUGAAAUGGGCAAUAUCCUGUUGAUCAGCAGUUUGGAUAUGGUGUAAUUGUAACUUGCAUCAGCAGUCUGGCAAUUACACCAUAUCCAAACUGACUCAUUUCCUGGCAAUUUUGCUGUUAGGUCUUCUGUUCUAUUGCCUGAGCACAAUAAACUGUGCUCGUUCAUCUAUCAGAACUAUAUACCAUAUAAACACCCAAAAAUCUGCAAUUUUUGCUAAUUUUACACAUUCAAGCAGUCCAAAAUUAAAGCCACUAAAGCAAGUUAUCCUCAGUUCACAUCCCCAGGCCUCUUUUAUGCAACAUUUGCCCUCUAGUUUGAAUACAUCGUCACAACAAUUUCACCCCCAUUUUUCAGCAAAUAAAUCUAUAUAAAAAUUAUCAUGGUUUAGGCUAUGCAAAUAAUUGAAACAGACCUAAUAAAGAUCCAUAAAACAGACAAGGUGGGCCAUACUCUUAAAUAAAAUUUCCAGGAAUCUAAUAUUUCAGCCUCUUCAAUGCCUAUUUCAGACCACUUCUGGUCUGAAAUUAACCAAAAUCAUCUCUAUUUUACUGGUAUUCUUUCUGAUAUAUUAAUUGACAUAAAGAAAUGGCCAGUAGAACUAUUAAAACCACCUAGAAAAUGCCUCAAGUUACUAUUUUAACCCAAAUACAAGGUCAGAGAUUAUUUGUACCUAUCAUGCACUGCAUGGGGCAGUAUCUAUAUUUAUAAUGUGUACACCCACUGCACUGACCAAUUUAUAUCUCAUUCUAGGCCAAACUGUACCAAUCACAGCAUAUUUAAAGGUUCUGUGAUUAGGACAUGGAUCUCCUUAGGCGACACUGUCCUCUUGUCAUAGAUCUAUGUGAAGAACAGCGACAAGGUUCAAAGGAAAACACACACAUGCGCUUGCUUGCUUGCACAUACAUGUCCACAAUGCCUGUGCACAAAACAGACAAAAUGUGCACUAACAUGUACACAAAACACAUCAUGCAUGGUGUACACAAAAAAAAUUUGCAUUAUACACACACAACACAACCCUUAAAAAAAAAAAAAAAAAAAGUCCAGAAAGUGGUACUGAUGACUGGAAGGGCACCUGAAAUAUUGGUAUUGGGCAAAGUCGAGUAUUAACAGGAUUGUCUGUUAUUGUCUUUCACAGUAAAACAAUCUUUUCUGUAUCUACCACAAUUGCCAUUACUAGCCCCUAGCUGUCCCUCAUUAGUUCAUUAUAUUUUUAAGAGUGAGACUGAAGUUGCUAAUAUUUUCUGCCACACAGGAUCAUUCAAGGUGCAAUACAAACCUUUCAAACUUAUUAAAGCCAAAUUAGCAAAAUGUGUGCUAAAUAAUGUAGGACAGGCUACAGAAAUUGAAAUCGUAAAUAAUACCACAAUUGUAGUGAUAAUUUUUAUUGCAUCAGCACAUUAAAGAAGCAGCUAGUGUGAGAGAAGGUAAGACACUAAUGUUUUAAGACAGAUCUACCAGUGUUCACAAACAAGGUGCUUAAAGUCCAACAUUUGAACAAAUGUACAACAAAGAUCAGAGAUCACUGGGCAGUUUAUUUAUUUGCUGGGAGCAAAUAAAUAAACUGCAGAUUCACUUUUGGGUAUGAACACCUUUAACAUUUCUUUACUAAGGAAGCUUUAUUAUAAUAUUGACCAUCUGAGGAGUUGGCAUUAAUUUCUGUAGAGUUUUACAAAAUAUUUUACUCAGCUAACAAUUUUUUUAUAUAGAAAUAUAACCUAAACAGAAAAGUAUAAUUUAAGGAAUUUUAAGCCUUGCCCUUAUUUAACCAUUCUCAUUUUUUCUUUAAUUGUGCAAAGCUCAGAAGAGAUGCUCAGAUGAUCAAAUCAAAGUCUAGUAAAUGUUGAUUUCCCAAAAACUGUGGUGACACAUUUUUCCUUCAGUGCUAUUCCAGGAAUCCAGUUUAAAUGUUCUCUUGUAAUUUUACCAAACAAGUCAGUCUAUAAGUAUGUAUUACCAUAAAAAAAAAUAUUUAAACCUGUGUUAAAUGUGCCCUGUUAUUUACAAGAAAUAAUUUUCUGUGUGUACUCUGUAACACGGGUAUAAUGGAUUUGUUAUUAAACCAUACCAUAGACGGGGCUUGAACCUGCAGUAGAGAGUCGUAUAACCCCAGACCGACGUGUUAGCCACUGGGCCAGCUGGCCCAGUGGCUAACACAACGAUCAGGAGUUUUAAGACUCUACUGCGGGUUCAAGUUCCAUCCAUGGUAUGAUUUGUUUGCAAUCGUGUCAAUACAAUUUUAUAAGUCAUUUGAUAUUCAUGUGAAAAUAUUAAUUUUUGUGAACAUGCAGUAAACCCUCUCAUAACAUACGGAACUGUGAUCACUAAUAAGUCACUGUAACUAGUGUUCCUGGUCAACAUGGAGGGCAUUCCGGGGAUCAACGCCCCCACGGCCCGGUCCAUGACCGGGCCUCCUGGUGAGCACAGUCUCCACUGUAAUUUUCCAGUGUGGAAUACAUACGUGUCAAUCAGCAACCCAUGAAAAUUAAUGUGUGAAGUGUAGAACUUAGGGAGAUGAUAAUGUUGUGGCAGACAAUUAAGUUUUUACAAGCAACUUUUUUUUUUAAUACAACCUUUCUUCACUUAACGACGAAGUUCCAUUCCUAAGUCCACAUCGGUAAACAAAUUUGUCGCUAAGUGAGGAGCACAUAAUAAUGGUAGUGGGUGUGUGUCGGCCAUCCUUGAUAUUGUUUUAAUGCCAGCUUUGCACCGUUUAUAACAUUUCUGGUAUAUUUUUAAAUGUUUAUACAGUAGUGUACUGUAUAGAGAGGAAUACCAGAGGAAAUCAGCUCCAAUAUACAUUAUUUAGGUAUGCAUACUGGUCAGAGAGCCCAUCGUAAGUCCGAGUCAUUGGUAAUUUGUUCCAGAAGGCUGUUAAAGUGCCAUUACCGAACGAAUUUGUUCCCAUAAGGAAUAGUGUAAAUUAGAUUAGUCUGUUUCAGACGACAAAAGCACUUACAUUAAUUAAUACACUUACAUAAUUGUUCGAGUUGGGAGCUGUACGAAACUCAGGGUACCACUGUACGUCACUAAGUGAGGAGAGGCUGUAUUCUAGUAAGUAAAAUUUUUUACAGAAUACAUAUCUUGUUAAGACACAUGCAACAGUUAGGUAAGUUUAUUUCAAAACGUUUUGCCUAUACAGUAGGCUUCUUCAGUCAAGUACAGAGAACCCAAUAAAAGUAGUAGAGAUGUACAUUCGAUGUAAUCAGUCCGUCACCCUCAAAGAUGUAGCUUUGAGGUGUUCAGUCCCUCUUAUUUGCAGAAUAUCUUACCAUAUGGAAUGUUAAUCAUUACUUGAAACCUUUGAAGAGUGUGGGAAGGGUUUACUAUCCGACUCUCACUGUGCAUGUUAACAUUUUCCUCGCCAAACUGUAUGAAGCAUGUAGGACCUUAACACAUCUAUACUAAGCAAAUGUAUACCAAAGUUUAAUGCAUUUGAUAAAGUCAAAGCAAAUAAAAGUAUACAAAAAUAUGGGAGGCAACAUUAGCCGAGCCCCUCAACAUGUCAGCAUUAUAAAAUUAAUGGCCACAUUUCCUAGCUAAAUUGUGCCAGACAUACAAGAAUUUACCACAUUUAUACCAGAGAUAUACACCUACUAAAGAAGAAUGCAUUUGAAAAAGUAAUAAAGUUAAUAAAGUACAGUGGACCCCCGACUCAGGAUAUUAAUCCAUUCCAGAGAGCACAUCGUAAGACAAAAUUAUCAUAAGCCGAUUUAAUUUUCCCCAUAAGAAAUAAUGGAAAUCAAAUUAAUCCAUUCAAGACACCCAGAAGUAUGAAAAAAAAAAUUUUACCACAUGAAAUAUACAUUUUCCUACACACAGAAAGAUACAUGCACAAUAUAUAUUGUGCAUGUACUAGUGUACUAAGUGAAGAAUAAAUGACACUUACCUUUAUUGAAGAUGUAGUGAUGAGACAGUGUGUCCUGGGAGUGCCUUUUCCUCCUGAGUAAUGUAGGUCCUGUUUGGCAUUUUCUUCCAGAACAAACCUUAUCACACUGUAUGCCACUAUGAUUCUUAAAUCUCUCAAACCAACCUUUGCUGGCCUUAAAUUCACCAAUAUGAGCACUAGUUCCAGGCAUUUUUUCCUGUUCACCUGGGUGUUAGUCAACUGGUGUGGGUCGCAUCCUGGGGGACAAGAUUAAGGACCCCAAUGGAAAUAAGUUACAGUCCUCGAUGACACACUGACUUUCUUGGGUUAUCCUGGGUGGCUAACCAUCUGGGGUUAUUUGUUUCUCGGUAUUCUCAUAAGCCCGUGGUGGCUUAUUUAGCAGUUACAAGCACUAAAAACGCUGGAAAAAUACAAAAUUUAUCGAAUGUAUGCAUUCAACCGUCCUCUCUGGCUUGUAAACAAUGUCACACUAGCUCAGCUGAGGCGUUCAGGCCAGACGGACCAGAUGGCUGUGUUCGGGACGAAUGAUGUAAGUCAAGUUUUUCAAUGUAGGUCGGGGUCAAAUUUUUAUGCUGACAAGCAUCGUAAGUCGGUUUUAUCGUAGGUUGAGGCCAUCGUAAGUCAGGGGUCCACUGUAAUGCUAUAGCCUAUGCUUAAAAUGUUGAAUGCUGUGUCCAAAGGUGAGGAGAGAUCUGACACAACCUCUGCCUCUGACUCUCAGCAAUACUGUGAGGCUGUGGAUUUCUAUAACACUCUAGUACAUAUUUGAGUUGACCAAAUAACUUUGUUUUGUACGCUCUAUGAAUAAGGGGCCUAUAGCAAAGAGAAAGUCGUUAGUUGACUGCAGGACAGUCUUUGGCUCAAGUGAAGCCAGAGUCAGCAAGGAAGUAGCAAGCUUCCACCACUUUUCCCAAAAUAUUACUGCCUCUUUUACAUUCAUAAUAUAACACUAUAUCCUGGGCAUCAGCUGACAGGAGACUUGCUCCUAAAUCUUCCUUAUUUUAUUAGCCGAACACUAUUUUGCUUCAUCUAGCAAGGUGUUUGGGAUCUCUAGAAUAUGCAUUGUUUAACCAGUCAGCUGGUUAAACAACACGUGCCUCAAAUGACAUGUAUACUGUACCUCCACUACUAUUUUUUUUUAUUUAAUUUUUGGAGAAUAUGUACAGUGUGGUUUAGCUCCUUAUGCAAUUUUGGAAUCACUUUUUCAGUUGCAUUUACACAAUCAUACAGUGUCAUACCACCUUAAAAGAGGGUUUACUGUAAUGUAGAAAAGCCUUUAAUGUGAUCCCUGUGAGAGCUGUCAGUUUUGUCUUCAGUGUAUUGGAAUUUUAAGAUUUUAUCACCAUUGGUCUGUGCUGUCGAUUGCUUUGCCUUUGAUAACACACACUGAAUUAUAUUUUAUCUUUAAGAAAAAGAAUGAUGCCUCCUGCACUCGUUAAUGAAUGUUUUAGUGCUACUUUAUAUCCUGUGUUCAUAUUUGCCUCAUAUUGCUAAGAGUAAGUGUUCAAAUUUCUCAGCAUCCUUCCUGUGCUGAAAACCACUAGUUUUCAAAGGCAUGUCUAUGAGUACACUGAGAGCACAUUGUCAGGGACCCAAGACUGUUCAACUGCCUCCCAGCAUAUGUAAGGGGGAUUAAUAAUAAACCCCUAGCUGUCUUCAAGAAAGCACUGGGCAGGCACCUAAAGCCAGUACCCGACCAGCCGGGCUGUGGUUCGUACAUCAGUUGGCAGCCAGCAGUAACAGCCUGGUUGAUCAGACCCUGAUCCACCACAAGGCCUGCUCUCAGACCGAGCCACAGGGGCAUUGACCCCCGAAACCCCUUCCAGGUAUACUUGAGCCAACAAUUUUGUCUGAGACAGAGCAAAUGCAGGCAGGACUUGCUUAUACAGCAGGUUAGGUUAUAGGCUACUGAGGUAAAGUGAAUCAUAGCUUUUUUAUUUUCCACUUUCAAAUGCAUAUAAAAGCCUGAUAACAUUUUUACAAUAUCAUAUAUUAACUCUGACUGUUUUGGUCGUAUAUAUGCGUCUUACGAGCCACCGUUUUGGACGUAUAUAUACUCAUAAAUUCUAGCGGCUUCAAAUCAAGCAGGAUAAAGCUGGUAGGCCCACUUGAGAGAAUGGGUCUGUGUGGUCAGUGUGCACCAUAUAAAAAAAAUCCUGCAGCACGCAGUGCAUAAUGACAAAAAAAACUCCGACCGUUUUUUUUUUUUUUUUUUUUUAAUUAAAAUGCCGACUUUGUGGUCUAUUUUCGUAUAGUAUUUAUGGCUGUAUUCUAAUUUUCUUGGUCUCAUUUGAUAGAAUGGAAAACAUUAUAGAAAUAGAGGUGAUUUUGAUUGGUUUUACUAUGAAAAGAACCUUGAAAUGGAGCUCAAAUUAGGGAAAAUGUUUGAUUUUUGCCCAUGUUCAAAAGUAAACAAAUGAUGUCAUUUUCCAAUAAAUGUCCAACUAGCCAUUCUAAUAUGCAGUCAUAAAUGGUUUGACAUUAUUUAUACAAUUAUUACAAUAUUGCAGUAGUCUGCAUAACAGUAAAUCUUCUGUUUUUUGUUUGAAUAAAAAUUCAAAAUAGAAAGCAAGAGUAAUAUCAGAGGGGCCUGGAGAUAUGACUGAUGAACAAAGAAAAUGUUAUUUUAGAGCCAGGAAUGUCUGCAUUGUUCAUUCUGGGCCCUAUUUCGAAACUCAUAUUUUUUAAUUUUUGUGAAAUUGGCCAAAUUGCAAAUUUCUGACCACAUUAUUGGGUAGUUGAAAUUGGUAAAUGGGCGGUUUCUUGUACUCGGCCGAUAGAAAAAAUGGAGUUCUAAAGAAAUAGCUAUGAGUUUGGUCAACUGGAACAAUGGAAUUAGUUGAAAAUAGGGCUCAAAGUGGGCAAAAUCGCCGAUUCGUAAAUAUCUCCUAGGUCGCUAACUUCAUGAGAGCGUAAUUCCGUCGGUUUUCCAUCAAAUUUUGUUCUUUUCGUGUCAUUACAAUCGGCAAAAGGUUCUCUAUCGUUUCAUAAAAAAAAUUUCGACACCAGGAGACACCUCAGGAUUUGGGGUUGCAACAGUCAAGGGGUUAAGUGAGCAAUAGUGCUAGACUAUAAAAAUGCAUAUACAGUACAUUCAAUACCUACGUUAACCCUUUCAGGGUCAACAGGACCUCCCCCAGACUUGUUCUCAGGGUUGCCAAAUAAUAAAAAAAAAAAUUAUUUUUCUUAUGAAAAAAUAGAGAAUCUUAUCCCGAUCAUAAUGACACCAAAAGUAUGAAAUUUGAUGGAAAACUUACGAAAUUAUGCUCUCGCGAAGUUAGCGGUCUCGACGAUGUUUACGCAUCUGCUAUUUUGCCCACUUUGCGCCUUAUUUUCGACCAAUUCCAGUGUACUAGUCGACAAAAAUCAUAACUAUUUCACUACAGCUCCAUUUUUUCUAUUGAAUGAGUACAAGAAACCACCCAUUUACCGAUUUCAACUAUCCAAUAAAGUGGUCAGAAUUUAGCAAUUUUGCCAAUUUCACACAAAUUUCAAAAGAUGCCAAUUUCCAAAUAGGGUCCAGAAUAAACAAGAAAGACAUUCCUGGCACUAAAAUAACAUUUCCUCUGUUCAUUAGUCACGUCCCCAGGCCCCUCUUACAUUUCUUUUGCUUUCCACUUCGAAUUUUUAUUCUCACAAAAAAUAGAAGAUUUAAUGUUAUGCAGACUACUGUAUUAGUGUAGAAAUGAUAUAAAUAAUAUCAGCGCACUUGUGAAAGAAUAUUACAUUCACCAGUUGAUGUGUAUUGGACACUUGGCAUGAUUUGUUUACUUUUGAACUUAGGCAAAAAUUGAACAUUUCUGCUACUUUGAGCUCAAUUUCAAGGUACUUUUCAUUGUGAAACCAAUCAAAAUUGUCUCAAUUUCUGUAAUAUGUCUUCCAUUCUAUAAAAUAAGACCAGGAAAACUAGAAUACAACCAUAAAUACCAUACAAAAAUACAGUGGACCCCCGCUUAAUUAACGAUCACCUCCCAAUGCGACCAAUUAUGUAAGUGUAUUUAUGUAAGUGAUUUGUACGUGUAUGUUUGGGCUCUGAAAUGGACUAAUCUACUUCACAAUAUUCCUUAUGGGAACAAAUUCUGUCAGUACUGGCACCUGAACAUACUUCUGGAAUGAAAAAAUAUCGUUAACCAGGGGUCCACUGUACAGUGUAAAGUCGCUGUUUUAAACCAAAAACACGGUCGAAGUUUUUUUUUCUCAUUACGCACUGUGUGCUGCUGGAUUUUUUUUAUACUGCACACACUGACCACAUAGACCCAUUCUUUCAUAUGUAGGCCUACCAGCUUUCUCUUGCUAGAUUUGAGGGCGCUAGAAUUUAUGUGUACUAGUACAGGAGGGCCCCACUUAUACGGCAGGUUAGGUUCCAGGCUACCGCCGUAAAGCAGAAACCGCCGUAAAGUGGAACACCCUUUUUUUUCCACUUAUAAAUGCAUACAAACACUAGAUAACAAGUUUACACUAACAUAUAUUAAGUUAGCAAUAGAACCAGGCAUCAAAAAACAAUAAAAAAGUACAAUACACACAUAGUGCACUCAUUACUUACCUUAAAAUAUUUAUAGUCUUAAUCUAGGGUGAGACAAGUAGUAUUUAUUGUAAAAAAAUCGUGUGGUAUGUAUGGUAAUAGCCAGGCUACCUUAC